GAUCAACAAUCUCUAGUUCGACUUAUUAAUUCGGGGAUCAGACAAGUUUCUUGCAAGGCCUCGACAUCAUAUUCAAGGAAGUUGUACAUCAACAUCAUUGUAUCGUCUUCUCAUCCAUCCAGCCCCGGUUCUAUUCCUUCUAAAUACCUUCCCUAAACUUAUUUCACAAUGCUCGCUCGAUCAAUGCUGAGGUCUUGCGCCCCUCUACGCCAGAACUUCCGUACCUACGCCACUGAAGCCCCCAAGUCCUCAUCCUCUUCAACACCCUACGUUGUCGGAGCCGGCGCCCUCGCCGCAGGCGCAUUAGGCUACUCCUUUCUGGGCAACAAGGCAGAUGCUCCAAAGCCAGCUGGUGACGCCAAAUCUGCUACUCCAGCUGCUGCAGCCUCAAAGGCCUUUACCGGUGGUGAUCAGGGUUUCGUCGACUUAAAGCUCAAAGAGGUCUUGGAUUACAACGACAACACCAAGAAAUUUGUCUUUGAGCUCCCAGAACCAGAUCAGGUCUCAGGUCUAAAUGUUGCCUCUGCCAUCAUCACCAAGUUCAAGGGUCCCACCGACGAAAAGCCCACUAUCAGACCUUAUACUCCCAUCAACGAUGAAGACUCCAAGGGCCAUCUCGACCUCCUCGUCAAGGUCUACCCCAACGGCGCCAUGUCCAACCACAUCUUCUCCUUGAAACCGGGCCAAACUCUCUCCUUCAAAGGACCUAUCCCCAAAUAUCCCUGGGCUGCCAACAAGCACGACCACAUCACUUUGAUCGCCGGUGGCACCGGUAUCACACCCAUGUGGCAGCUGAUUCGCGCCAUCUUUAAGAACCCUGAAGACAAGACAAAGGUGUCUCUGGUAUUUGGCAACCUGACGGAAAAGGAUGUUCUAUUGAAAGAGGAGCUGGCUCAGCUCGAGAAAGAUUUCCCCGAUCGAUUCCGUGCCUUUUACACUCUCAAUACCCCUCCCUCUGGCUGGAAACAUGGAUCCGGAGUCAUCACCAAGGAGUUGCUAAAGACCGUGAUUCCCGACCCCAACAGCAAGAACAUCAAGGUCUUUGUCUGUGGACCCCCAGGCUUGUACAAGGCCAUCAGCGGCCCUAAAGUCUCUCCUACCGAUCAGGGCGACUUGAGCGGCAUUUUGAAAGAGUUGGGCUAUACAAAAGAGCAAGUCUUUAAAUUUUAGACGUGCAACACCGAUACAUAGAAUCGCGUGUUGUGUUGCUAGAGAAGGACAAGAAAAACCAGGCGAGAGGAAGUUGUCCCUGUAGACAAAAGACCGAAUGUAUAGUAGUUAUACUUAUAUAUCUCCAAGACAACAGACAAUAGACAGUGUCACGUUGUGGACUGCCCGACUUCAGACCU